CGAAAAACAGGUGUCCGAACAGGUCCGCCGCUCGUUGCUAUGUGUGACAUUGAUUGAAUCUCAGUAAGCAAGACAAGUAACAAAAUGACAGCAGGAUCUAUUGCCGUGCCAACCAUCAUUCCUCUAAGACUUCCUCAACAUGGAAGAUCAAAGACAUCAAUUGACUCCAACACGAAGAUAGAACUUCAUUCAGACUCUAAAGAUGUUGACAUCCACUACACGAUCAAUGGAACGAAGCCAGAUCCAUUUCCCAAAACAGGGGUGGUACGAUGUACCAUGCAAUAUGUGGGUCCUUUUACUUUACCUCCUGGUAAACAGACAGUACGAUGUGUAGCAGUGUCAAAAGAUGGUAUGCGGGAAAGCAAUGUUUGUACAAAGGUAUUUGAAGUGGAUUAUGUACCAGGUCCUGCUGUCAUGCCAGAAGAUGAUGAUUUAGAAUUCCAGGAGGAGAUUGAGAAAGAACAACAGAGAUUAAAUGUGAAGCGGGCUGCCAAGAACCUGAUGCUUUCCAGCAAAUCUGCAUGGACAGAUGUGUCAGCCAUGAAGAAUGCAACACAGAAAAUGGCUGACAUGCAUGUCAGUGGGAGCUCUCGACACAAGCCUCAGUCUGAACCUCGAUUCCUGAACUCAAGACGAGGGGAAGGGUCCUCUGCUCCAGGGAAAUCAUAUGAGCUAAGUCGUAAUGAGCGCUACUGGGACAAACACCAACAGGAGAGUGUAUCCCCGAACACUCGACACCAGCAACAGGCAGACUACAUGAGAAAUGUAUAUGGUUACGCAGAUCGCCUAUCAGAACCGAAUCCAUCUUACUACAAUUCUUCAUACAACAACAAUGUGAUGGCUCAACAACCCCUCACACCCUACGGAUCUGGACGCAAGAUGGAUAUAUGUACAUACUGUAAGUCUAUGGUGCCGUUCAACACUACCCAUUGUGUUGUGUGUGAAGGUCCACUGCCUGGUGCUCAUCUGGUUGACAACAAGCAUGUCCCUGUUCCUAGCAAUUUUCUACCUAUAAGUUAUCCGGUGGACGUACCACCAAAGCGCCCUACCACAUCUACUGGUACCCAGACUGUGGGCCUCUUCUACCCAUCAGAGAAAGGCCUCAGCAAGAAAAAAGAACAAGAAGAGGAGAAAGUAGCAUUUGAAAAGCAGAUGAGGGACAGAAGGCCUCUACUUACUUCUGUCAGUCCUGGCAAAGGUUACUGGAGAAAACAGGUCGAACACAUCAGUCAGCACCUCAAGGCUCAUGCCCAGAAUGAUGCUGAAUUCAGGGCCCUGAUUGGAGAACCUAAAAUGGGCAAGCUGCUGACAAGCACAGUCCAGGAAGAUGGGUAUGAGCUAAGUGUUACCUUAACCUUUGCCAUACGAGGUAAUAAGGACCCAUUGACUGGCCGUAAGAUUGGAAUGACUGGAGAUUAUUUGAGCAUGCACACAGAAAGAUCCAACAUGUCUACUUAUCGCAGUGAUGAUGAAGUAAGUGAUGAUACAACGAUACCCAUCAAAACAAAAACUACCAAGAAAAGACCAAAGAAGAAGCCAGGUCCCAAAAUAGCAGCUAUGGACAUGAAGUUGUUGAGGGAAUUGGGUACAUCUGGAGAGGGUGACCCAACAGAGGUGCAGCAGCUCAUUGAUGAGGGAGCAGAGGCUACAUGUACCAACAAGGAUGGGCUGCCAUGUAUAUAUGUGGCGGUGAAGAACAAGAGAAUCGACUGUAUCCCCAUUCUGGUGGAAAAUGGCGCUGACAUCAACCAAAAGGGGCCCUCUUCCAUAAAAGGAAAUACGCCCUUGCAUGAAGCAGUCAACCUAGGUCCCUCAGGCUUAAAGACUAUUGAUGCUUUGUUAGGAUGUAACGCUGACAUGGGUCGGAAGAAUGAUAGAGGUGAGACACCACAUGACCUGGCCCUAAAGGGAGGUUACGAUAACAUAGUGGACAAAUUAAAUUCUUUCAUGGCACAGUCGACACUAAAGAAGAUGACAAAACCCAAACAGAACAGUUACUGAGGACUAGAGAACACAGAGGCAGCCCAAAGAGGCACACAUAGAUAUACAUAUACAUUAUUUUGUUGUCUUGGGUCUAGAUUUGUUUCAGUAGGAUUAGAUAUUCUAGAGAACAAGGUCAAGGUCAUUAAAUCUGUCGCUGGAUUUGGGGUUGACGUAGAAAGAAGGACACAGGUUGCCAUAGAAAUGGAUCCUUAGGCAUCAAUUACUACAAAAAAUAUCUCAAGCAUCAUGGUAACUAGGUGACUAGAAUAUGGUGAAUAUUUUUUACGCUAAUAUGAUUUGUCAUAGAAACCAAGUUACAUAAAGCUCAGAUGAAUAUAAACCAAGAGAAGUGAUGCCAGGAUACAGUGUUUUACUAUUAGGAUGGGUUUGAGUGGAAAGGUAGUUUAUAGACAGGAUAGAAUUUAGCAACAAAUUUCAUCAAUAACCAUGAAAUUCUGUACUUACGUGACUGAUCAGGAUCUUUCUGUAUCAUCAUAUGCCAUGAUAUUUCUGGUAGUUUUACAUCAUCUGAAUGUUUGCUUCUAAUGAUAGUCUUGCAUUACCAGAGGCAGAAGCUGAAAUAUGUAAUAAUGAAUUAUCUUAAUGCAUUCUUCAAAUGUCUUUUAAUAUCAUGCUAAAAUUUCUUUAAUCAAAAUGAUAUUACAUGUAUAUAUGUAUAUAUAUGAUAUUAUGUUCAAUGUAUCAUAAAAUACAUGUAAGUUAGUGGAUAUAUUUUAUUAUAAUGAAUGACUGUCUCAAUAUUCAUCCACCGUUCUUGGGUUUUCUUGGAAUGAAUGCUGUGAAAA